CGGUACUUUGCCAAGCCGGGCGCUCAGCCGUGUAUUUUCCCCGCUGCGCCGCCCCCUUUCUCGCACAGAAGGUCGCGGCUCCGCGCUGCGCCCGACCUGCAGCAGCGCCGGGGCGGGUGGCAGCCCCCGCUGGCCAGAGCCGGGGCCGGGGCCGGGGCCGUGUGAGGGGCCCGGGCUGGGCCGCCCCCGUUCCCGUCCACGGCCGCUUCGGGCGCGCAGCGGGGCCGAGUCUCCAUGAGCGGCCUGUGGGGCGCAGCAGGCCCGGCGCGGCAGGGCUGGCUCUGGGGGGCGGCGGCGCUGCUGGCGCUGGGCGCCCUGCUCGGGGCCUGGCGCUGGGCCGUCCCGCGCCGCCACCGCCGCCUGCAGCGGGUCGGGACGGUGCUCAGACUCUUCGUGUACCCGGUGAAGUCGUGCCGGGGGGUGUCGGUGCGGCGGGCGCAGGUGACGCCGAUGGGCCUUCGCAGCGGGGAGCUGCGGGACAGGUUCUGGCUCGUGAUCAGGGAGGACGGGCACAUGGUGACAGCUCGCCAGGAGCCGCGGCUCGUCCUUAUUUCUACCAACUGUGAAAACGGGAACUUGAUCUUGGAGGCCGGGGACAUGGAGAAGAUAAGCGUGCCCGUAAAGCUCUCCAAGAAAAAUCCCGUCCGCAACUGCAGGGUGUUUGGACAGGAUAUCCAAGGCAGAGACUGUGGUGAUGAAGUGGCUCAGUGGAUCACCACCUUCCUGAACUCAGAGCCCUGUCGACUGGUGCACUUUGAGCCCUCCAUGGUGCCAAGAAAGUCAAAGGACACAAUAGCCCUUUUCCGAAACACAGAUGAGGUUGCCUAUCCUGACUGCAGCCCAGUCUUGAUCAUCUCUGAAGCUUCAAUGGACGAUCUAAAUACCAGGCUGGAGAAGAAAGCUAAGAUACAGAACUUCAGGCCAAAUGUUUUUGUAACAGACUGCAGUGCUUUUGAGGAGGACACCUGGGAGGAUAUUCUUAUUGGUGAUGUGGAGAUGAAAGGGACUGUGUGUUGUGGCAGGUGUAUUUUAACAACUGUUAAUCCAGACACUGGGGUCAUCGACAGGAAGGAGCCCUUGGAAACAUUGAAAAGUUAUCGCUUAUGUGACCCAUCUGAGAAACACAUUUACAAAACCAGCCCUCUCUUUGGGAAAUACUUUGCUGUUGACAAAACUGGAAUGAUUCAAGUUGGAGACCCUGUGUACAAAGUGAUCUGGGAAUGAAGGAGACUUUGAUCAGAAGAUGCUUCUUCACUUUGAUAUGCAGAUUGUUUUUCCAUGUACACAGUCACCAGCAUAACUUUUUCUUCUUCCUUGCAAUAUUUCUUGUGCUUUUUAAGGUGCAGGAGGUUCUUGAUGCUGUGGAGUAAUGUAAUCUUGUGGCAUACCUGUAGUAACUACAUCUUUAGUUUUCCUGGAGACUGUGGUAGAAGAAACUGAUCCAUGACGGACUUCACAGCACUACUGUGAGCAUCACACCUCCUAAAAUUUUGUGUCAACUGCAAUAUUGGAAUCCAAAUUUGUGUACAAGAGUUUGCAUCAAAUGUUAGAUACAUUUGGUGCCUAUAAAGAACCACAAAAACAGUCAUGCCAAGAACAAAUUGUAUUUGUCACAGAGCUGCCUUUACAAGUAAUCCUGGAAUGCAGAUGGCAGGGCUCUGCUUCCCUCCUUUGGUCGUCAUCAUCUUGCCCUGUCUUUGUCCAGAGGUAGUUUUUAGCAGUGUUUCUUUCCUUGCAAUUGUUUCUUGAAGAUGGCUAGUGUCUCAUGAGACUGGAGCAAUAUCAGAAGGAGGAUUGUGAGCUGACUAAAUAGUCAGGUCUAGAGGUGGGGGUGCCAGGUAAUGAUGUAUAAGGCUUGUUUAGUUUGUGACUUUGCUUAACAGUUUGAACUGUCAAUUUUUUAUCCUGUUAACAAUACCGUAGCAGUGAGGCUAUAGAGCAGUGAUGCCUUUGCUAACAUAACAGUAGAAUUUCCAGUUUGACUAAAAGUUCACUGUGUCAGAGAUUUCAUGGGCAUUGGAGGGAAAGAAAAGCUGUAGGGAGUGAUCUGAUGUUGAGCCUACUCUGUUCAAGCUGCUGUCCAGGCCAAUAUUGUAGGGCUCAUGCACAGCUCCUCUCUGGCUCAGUGAAUCCCUUUAUGUGGACAGUUAGGCUGCUAAGCAGAUGUUUGGGAAGCUGCAGUUUGAGCAUGUUAAUGCCCUUACUGGUUCUGGAUUUAAAUCUCUGGUUGUCCCCAGUCCAGCUCCAAUCUAACCAAAAUGUCAGCUGUUUGUAGGAAGCCGAUAAUUAUAUUUUCUACUGCAUAAAACAAAUAAGGGAGAAAACUAGUUGAAUUACAGCAAUGUUAUCUUUUCUUUAAAUGUUACAUGAUUUUUUUUCUAAAUAGCCUCCAGGACAAAAGCCAGCCAUCUUUCGAAUGCUUGUCUACUUGUUUCUUUUUUAUGGAUUACCAUAUUUGAAAAGAGUGUUGCCCUAGCCUAAAAGUGGAGUCAAAUUAAGUGUAAAGAAGGACAAAUAUGAUGCUAUCUGAUGUUUAGAUUCUUCAUUUUCUGUUGUAAGUAUGAAAAGGGAAUUUCAGUGCAUGUUCACAACUCAGACCGUAAAAUGAAGAGCUGUUGAGCCUUGAGAUAGUGCAGGUGGAUGGAUGUACGUGGCAAGCCUGAAGCAGUCAUGUCAGAGAGAUAGUUUUCUAUUAUUUGUGAACUCAGAGUUGCUCUGAAUGCCAUUUUGUCAGCAGAGGUGCUCUGUAAGUGUUAAGUUUUCCUGGGACAGACAGGUGUCCAGUUUAAAGUGCAUGUUGCAUAUUUGUGUAUUGUUAUGCCUGAUGCAGCAGCUAGUGGGAAGAAGUGAGAGAAACAGCAUCUUUUAAAAAGAAAAAGAAUUCAGAGGUUCACUCUUAAAAAGCACGUGUUGGAAGUGCUUAGUGUUAGAAGCUGAAAGCUUGUGGAAUUCCUAAUAGAAUCAUUAAGCACAGGCAGCCUGCUGGCCUACCAAAGCAAUUAGUGAAGAGUGUGUCUCUUCAAUGAGUCACAUAAGUGGAAGGAAAAAGAGCUGAUUUUUUUGCUUCUGUUUUUCCACUGUUGUUCUAGCAGCACAUCAUCAUUUACAUAACACAAAUUGUGUGGUAUAGAUUCCAUUGCCCCUCAUUAGGCUGCUGUCAAUUGGGCUGAUUUGGAAAUGGGGCUGUCUUUGCAAGAAGAAACUGCCAUCUGCAUCCCUGUUUGGGAGAAGCCAUAGAUCUAAACUCCUCAUUUACUCCUGUUAAGCCUCUUAGCAGAAAAUGGCUGGAAUCCUAAAACUGGUCUGCAUCAUAGUGCAACAUGCUUCACAGAUUACACUUAAAUCAAUUAUGUUGCCAUUUUGUGAAGCUGUAAGCAUGAGUUAGAAUAUUGCACUGUAGAUGUCUUUGUAUGACUGUUGAUUUGCUGUAACUCUAGGAAUUGUUUGAUUUUGUUUAAGCAAUUUAGAAAAUUGACUGAAAAUGUGUCAAUCAUAAGCCACUGUUUUUUAAAUUGUGUACUUGAACAAUUGUUAAUUUUUUUUAACUCUAGAAGAAGAAAACAAAAAUAUAAACUUCUAAUGAAUCCAACUUUC